AUGAUUCUGAACAGUGAUGUAAAAGAUAAUCUGAAAUAUGAAUGGCAAUAUGAUGCAAAUCAAGAAACUCCUGAUCGCUUGUCUCCUCUUCAGACCCUCGGUCAAAAUAACUGGAUGUAUGACAUACGUGGACAAUUAUUCCGUGUAUGGUUUGUCGUCUUCGAUGGUGUUGGCCCAGAUUAUCGAGUUGACCGAAUUUGUGAGGUUUGCGAUUACCACCCAGAAUGUCAUGAAUAUCGCACCCCAGUUUCGGCUUUGUAUGUGGAUUGGGCUUGGAAUCAGAGAAAAGAUCACGGCGAGUAUUGA